AUGUCGUUUCCAAAGUGUCUUGGUGAAUAUACAAAUCAUGCUAUAGCCUUCUACGUUGUGCUGUCAAAACAGUUGAAUGGUCUUCCUGACAAUGCCAUAGUAAGAUACGACAGGGUGAAGGUAAAUGUUGGGAAAGGCUAUGACCCAGAUACUGGUGUUUUCACUGCGAAAAAGGCCGGUGUCUAUUCCUUUAGCUGGUGCUACUUGACGAAGAAAUGGUAUACUGCCUAUGUUGGUGGAUAUGUUGAUAAAAAGUUAUAUUCUCCUGCAGUAAUUCACAACCAGGCCAGUACCUGGAUGAGUACAUACAUACAGUACCGACCAGACAAAACAUGGCACCCAAGCAGUCCAAGAAACACUCCCCGGGACUACUCUAGGACAGCUGUGGGACUGCUAUGGGACUGCUCUGGGUCGCUGCGGGACUAUUCUAGAAAGCAAACCCAGCAGUCCCUGGAACUGCUUUGUUCACCCGUGCGUGAAAAUAAUUCUGAGUGA